AGUUUACAGAAACCAAUCAAGGUGCUCAAUUAGUUUUGAGACUAAGUAGCAUAAGAUUAAUUUUCGCGAUCGAUCUUCAUGAUGAACUCCAGGCUUGUGGUUGCUUCAGUUCUCUUGAUGAUGAUGGUUCCCCUUCUUGUUUUCAGUCCUGUUGAGGCUGAUGGAGUGGUGAACAAAGAUACAAAUCAUGCUUCACUCCUUGACAAGAUAGACUGCGGUGGAGCGUGCACUGCGAGGUGUCGUUUGUCGUCUCGGCCUCGGCUGUGCAAGAGGGCAUGCGGGACUUGCUGCCAGCGUUGCAGCUGCGUCCCUCCCGGCACCGCUGGAAACUACGACGUCUGCCCCUGUUACGCUAGCCUCACCACCCACGGUGGCAGACGCAAGUGUCCUUAAUUGAACAGCAUCGAUCAAAACUACUUAGAAAGAGCUAGCUUAGCUAUCUUGCUAGCUAGCUUGGUUAUAUAUAUGUGAGGGAGCUACAGAGUGAAUAAAAAUGCAUAUAUACUUAAUAGGUUUGAAUUAUCGAAUAAAAUUGGUCAGUGCUUGUAAUUUCUGCUACAUAUUAUACGCCAAUUUAUUUUUCUCCUCCAGUAAUCAAUUAGGCAAUUAGCAUGGGUCGUAAUUGUCAUCCCAUUUGCUUCAUAUUUAGUGAUGUUAUUUUGCUA